CGUCGGUCGUGCUGCGCAGUCGCGAGUACACGCUUUCGGCGGCUGUCCGCCGAGCCAAGAUGGCCGCCGUCGGCUCGGCCCGCAGGUCCGCCCGCUGAUCGGCCAGUCCGCGUCCGCCGGCACCCCUGACCGCGUCGGGCAACCUUAACGAGUGAAUCCGUGCGGUGCGCGUAGAAGAAUCUCGCAGAUUCCCGGAUACCCGUCUUCGCAUCAUCGAGGAUUCGCACAUUCGAGUUUUCACCAGUGCCGGGAGGAAAGGUGGACGCACGGCGAGUGCCAGAGUGCGAGGGGAGGAAGAUAUCGCCCGAGUGUUCUUCUUCAGCCAUUUUCCCGUGGUUUAGUGCUGCCGCCGCCGCCUUUUGUCUACCCCUGCCGAACGGAUUUACGCGAUCUACUCCUCGGAUUCUUAACCAGCGGUGAGUCUACACCUCGUUAAUCCUGGGCCUAUCCGAUGGAGCCGUUCUCUGAGGAAGGUAAUUCCCUGUUUAUGAUUAAAGAUAUUUGCGGCUCUUGGAUGGAUGGUUUAGACCAGAGUCGAACUCGCCUCCACGAGCCGAGAUAAAUCUCCGGCCUCGUUUGGUCCUGCCGAACGAAUCGCUCUCCUAAUCAUCCUCGGAAGCUGCUUUUUUUUUUUCUCCCCCGAGAUCCAUGCAGAAGAAUUGCAAGAAGUCGGAAAUUCGAGGUCCGAUGAAAGUGCACAAACCGCGCGCCAAAUACCGCAAGCUGGAGACGGGAAUUCCGCACCUGGGAGCGAGCGGAAACUGAUUACGAGUUGGGCGAUAAAAAAUAGCGUUAGAGAGGGAGAAACCAGGAAAGCAGCCUUGUCCUUUCUGGAAACGAGAGAAGAAACGUCUGACUAAUUUUAGAUGACCGACUGGCGCCAACAGGACAGCACCAGCGGAAACCAUUGACGUACGCAGGCGUCAGAAGAUCGGCACCCCAUCCGGUGUAGGAUCUUCCCUCGGGAUAAACCCUUGGAGACCAGCCCACGAGUCCCAUGUCUCGUCCCUCCCCGGUGUCCGAGGACUCGCAAGCAGUGCCAGGAAUCCUGUCGCCUGCCGAAUCCUCGCAGGAUGAGCUAGAGGGCCCGGACAAGGAGGAACAGGUGCCUCUCGCGAAAGCCUCGUGAAGGAUCCCGGAUGAAGGAUCAAGAAGGGCCUUCCCCAUCAUCCAGGAUGUCUUCAGCCCUGUCGAUGCUGCUCAUGUUGCCCUGUCUGGCGCUGGUCCAGGGCACCAACGAGGGAGGGCCGAACAGUCCGGUGUUCAACCUGGACCACACGGCGUUGGAGAAGAACAUCGCAGCCAUCUUCAACAAAGUAGCCCACAGUUCAGCGACAACAAAGCGAAGCGUUCCGGCAUACGAAGCGCAAGUAUCAGCGAGCACGACCUUAUCAACGGCGCCCUCGCCGUUGACGACGACGACGGCGAUAGCCAUAAAGAACCCAAUCCCCCGGGCAACGAUGUCGCCGGCAUUUCGGGAACUGCCGACGUAUGUUCCCCCAUCGAGGGCUUUGUUCACGCCGUCCUUGCCUCCGGACUUCCUGCACCCCUUCGCCGAUAAGCCGACCUUGAGGGGGAUGAACUUCGACUCGCACUCAGGGUCCAGGAGGCCGGUUCCUCCUCCCAGCCUGACCCCGGCCCACGAGAGGAUCCCCAUAAGGCCCCCUGACCUGGUCCAGGGUCCGGAGAAGCCCUCCACCUCCAGGAACAAACCCCUGAACACCCCCAGCAAGGAGCAGAAGUACGCGGAGCCGGAGGAACACGAGAGGCGGAACACCAGCAACGAGUACGUCCCGACCCUGCACUACCCGAGUAUCUCCAGGAUCCUCCUGGGGAGCAGCGGGAGGAAGCAGGACAUCCCGGAGAUCCUGCUGAAGCCCCUGUCGACGAGGGCCCCUUCCCAGUUGGUGCCCUCCGCGACCACCACGGAGAAGAUCCUGGUCACCACGACCGUGGGCUCCACCACGAGGGCCCCGAAGACGGCUACUAGACCCGCCAUCCUGAACCUGCCGAAUACCAGGAGGCAGGACGACGCCACGGACCAGGGCCUGAGGGGAGAGAACGGCUUCAGGACCGAGAACAUCGAGAUCGUCGACACGGAGAGCCUGCCGAGACCUCAACCCCAGCCUCCGGCUCCUUCCAAGAGGCCGGCAUCCGGGAACGACGUCGUCCCCCAGGUGGAUACCCAUCCCCUGGAGUCCACCUGGAGGAUCGCAUGGUCCCUCCACGUCUACGUCGCGGCCAUAGUCUUCACCCUGAUGGCUCUGUACUCCAUAUACAAGAUCGUCAGGUUCAACGAGGCCUCGAACCUCCUGACGCAGUCCUACUUCCUGGCCGUCCACCUCCUGCUGACCACCGUCUGCACCCUGAGGUGCUUCCACCUCUUCUACGACGCGUACAACCUCGGCCAUUCCCUCCCGGACUUCCUGUCCAGGGUGCUGAUGUACCUCCCGGCUCCCCUCUUGUCCACCGCCUUCGCCACCCUGGUCCUCUACCUUGCGAGGUGCUCCGAGGCACCGGCUCUGAACAACAAGUUCCUCUCUCCCACCGCUCUGGUUCUCUACUCCACCGUUCACGUCGUCCUCUGCGUGUUCCUCCACGUGUCCAACAGGGUCCUGGGCUUCCAGGACGAGGCCAGGAUCCUCCCCCUCGUGUGCCAGUGCGUCUACAUCGUCGUCUGCGUCACCCUGGGACUCUGCUACAUGUACGUCUACCGAGUCGUUCGCUCCCAGAUACAAUUGACAUCCAGCAAGUCCGUGGAGAACCAUGGAAGUGGGGAUCCAACCACCAUGGCCCUGAGCACGGCCAUCACGACCACCAUCGCCACGGCGCUACUCUUCAUCCUGAUGGGGUUCGUCCAGCUGUACGGCGUGUUUGGAGUCCAGGAACGGCUCCAGCCCUACCCUUGGCUAUGGUGGGGGUGGCAGUUCUCGGUCAGGCUUUUGGAGCUCUCCAUGUGCGGAUUGAUGGCCUGGGUCGCCAGCUUGUCCCAGUACCCCGUCAGGGAGAAGCAGAUGCACCAGCAGUCGGUCCACUCCGGGUUCGCGCUCUUCCCUUGUGGGAACUCCACCUCCACGGAGAACAUGGACGACGUUCUCUAUCCCGCUAUUUGUAGCACCAAUCAGGCCAUCCAGAACUACACCAUGAGGACUGGGAAACAGGUCUACGAUGAUAGCUUCCCCUUGAACGCUCUCCCGGAACACCUGAACAUCUCCGGGACUUUCGAGAGACACUCCAUCAGGAAGUCCGGGACCAUGGGCCACUUCCCACACGAGGGAAGAGGAUCCCUUAAUAGACACGGGAAUGGGGUACAGACCAUGAGGAACUCCGAGUCCAGGGGAAGGCAUACCCCCGUCUCCGGGAUGCACGAGCAGCCUCCUACCUCUGGGUCCACCAUGCUCGUCGCGGAAGAUGGAUUCGUCAGGUUUAGGAGCCUGGGGUCUGAGGAUGAUGAGCUCUCGGACUCCCAGAGCGUUGCUGGGACUCAUGGAAGGGCGAGCUCCCUUGCUGGAAGCGUCAGGUACAACGCCAGGCACCCCGCGGUCCAGCAUCAGCUCCAGCAUCAGCAUCAGCAUCAGCAUCAGCAUCAGCAUCAGCAUCCUAACCAGACGCAUCGGCAGAUCCAUCAUCAGAGCCAUCAUCAGCUCUACAACAAUACGUAAAGAUUAGACCAAGGACCGCCUGACUGCGGAUCAUGUUCCUCGAAUGCGGAUUGUAUGAACGCUUUUUUUCCUGAAGAGUCAAGCAACGACCUGGAGGAGUCCUGGAGGCAGGAAUUAUUUUCUACGAGGCAUCUGGGAAGACCCGAAGAACUAUAGCCUGGAGAAGUCGCGGUUGACUGUAAAAUACGUCGCGUGUAUAAACAUUUGGCAAUCUCCUCCUGGGAUGGCCAUUAACUAUUUUCUCUGCGAGUCGCCAUGACGACGAUUGAUAUUUAUUUUCGCUCCAAGGAGGGAAAAAACUCAUCUCGAGCGAUUUCGAGCUUUGACUUUUAAGGCACUAAGUACUUAAAGAAAAGAAAUAAGUUCCGCAAGAGAGCCCGAAAAGUAUUGGAGAAGGACUUUAGGAUGUCUCAUCCGCAGAGUCGAAAGUGGUCCUCGACAGCCAUCGGGUGAGACUUAAAAAUCGAGAUACAUGAGAGAAUAGGACUCCUCGGGGAAUUAGGAAAUUAACGACGAGCGGGGACUUUAUUUUAGGGAUAAACCGACACAAGUUAUUUAAUCUAAUCACUCGAUUUACUCCCAUUUAAGUGACAAGUACUUUUGCCAUCGAUGGCUUCGACACUUGCUCCGAGCCAGCGAAGAGCAUUUUCAAAUCUUGCCACCCGUAAGCCCCCAACUAUUCCUUGACUAAAUAAUUAUUAUUGCCUUUUGACCUCUUGAUAGCCAGACUAAUUACCAUAAAUGAAUAAUAUGUAACGAAUGGGGAAAAAAAAAAAUUAUUCUGUUGUGUCGGUUCAUCUUUAUCUGAUAGAAUCCGCGUCGAAUGACGGAGUAUGGCAGCUUGCGUUCGCAUCGCUUGUCUUUUUCGAUACAGGAUAUAAAUAUAUACAUAUAAAUAUACACGAUAAGAGUAUACGCAUAAGGAAAUGCCCACGGGGUCCAAAACUAGGGUUCAGAGUUCCGAGCUAGAGGGAAUUCGGGAUUUCGGGGACUCGAGUUGAUGAGUCUUGAAAAACGCGUAUUGUACAGUCGAUAGAUAGUAAUUUAUCGCUUAGUCCGCCGAUAAAAGGUCUUACUGAGCGUUUGAGCGUAGGUUAAGCCACUUAUUUGUACGUUAAGUUAUGCCUGGAAUGUGAUUAAAUUAUGGAUACAUAUUGCCGGCCGCCGAGGACCAGCGGCCGCCAUCUUGGAUUUCUCGUAACCGACGCUUACGAGGACAAUUCCUCGUUCGACUCGAUUCGACACGAAAUGUUGACCGGAUUAAUCUUUAGACACUUUCUGCGCAUCUAAGGUACAAAUUAGCUUUUAUUUUCAAACGUCGAACGCCGUUUUACUCUCACUGCCGUCGAGGGACCGCGAGACCGCAGGAUCGGUACCGUCUCUUCUUCUUUUUUUUUUAUUCUAACUACUUUCUUCCUUUUGGGAGAAAUUUUAACGCUCUCGGGUGAAGCAUUAACCCUUUUGCUGGGGCAAAGUCUAAGGAAAUGGAUUUUAAGCGGUUGGGGCAUUGAAAUGACGAAUUUAUUUCGGAAUUAACGUUUAAUCACGCUAAGGUACGUUGAGGGAGAUUUCAAAAUGGCGGCGGCGCGGCGAAAGGGUUCACUGGGUUUUAUUUCUGUAUUCAAAGGUUCUUAAACGAUUGUCCGUGGAUAUUUCACUCGCACAAUGUGUAAUAUAACUCCGAUGGAAGAUAUUUCUCGGGAGUAUUUAAAGAAAUGAUUGUCAGGGGGAUUAAUAAAGGGAAGACGAUCCGAUUCUGCAGGCCGCGAGUUUCUCGAGAAAUCUGCAUUUACGGUUCUUGACACGUCGGAACAUUUUUAUUUCAAGACUUUGACGUGUAGGACAAGCCAAGGUGCAUUUAUCUAUAUUUUCUACGACUUGGAUUUUUUUUUCUAUCCCGCCUAAUCGUCGCGUUUCGUUAGUUUCUUUCGCAAUGGUCGUUACGAGACUUAUGCAUGAAGCGUUGGGUUGAUGCAUAAAUAUUGGCGUUUCUUAAUACGUUACGCUACGUGUUAAAAGCGACAAUACUUAUGCAUCCGAUGGUAUAAGGAGACAUAAAGUCCAUGCUCGGUUCCACGGAAAGUGGAAUGUUUAAUUGAAUAAUUCCAUCGAGGAGGCGCUCUGGAUUUCCAUACAUGGCGUUGUAUCUCCUUAUACUAAUAUUCCUGCUCUUAUGUAUAUUAAAUCAUAACGUGGGCCUAAUAUCAGGAGGGGAAAUGGUCUUGUGCUCGUAUGUUCCUUCGUGAAACGUUUCGUACAUUCGAUAGUUUAAAUAAUAUCCGACGUACCGGACUGAAGGGUCGUGAAAGUUCACCCUAGUGAUAAAAUUCCCAAUUCCGAGCUGAGGAAAUGUAUUCGAAGGUACUUAGUCGCAAAUGCGUUGUAUAUAAUCCGUCUCUUUAUUUAUUACAUAUUUGGAUACGAGAGCUGAGCAUAUCGGUCGAUGUGCUUCAAUGCGGAACUUAAGCUUACGCGUAAGUGUUAAGUGGUUUAAAUUUCAUUUCGAUUCUAGGAGCAUCAUUCCAAUUGUUUAUAUCGCGUUCCGAGAGAGGACGAAUGUUUCAAGAUGGCGCCGUAGAUGGCGCCAGGUUUCUUUUACGCGAAAAAGAAUUCUUCUCCUUUACGUUGACUCCUCGUAUUUUACGCCCAGUUUAAACGAUUAUUCUUUGUUUAGUGAAAAUACCUUGUGUAAAUUGGAGUACGAGGCACGUAAAUGUUCUUUUAUUGUUGUCGCGACGUUGUUUAGUAGUUUUACUAAAGCAGAAUUAAUCACAGGCUCGUGUUUAAUGCACUUUUUACCACGGUUUUGCUCAUUUUUUGUUGAAUUUUUUUUCCCAGCAUGUUCGGCGAAAUUCUUUGUUAUAUUUUGUCAUGGUAGUGGUGAGAUGUUAAACAAUGAACAUGUACACCAGUGGUUAGAAAUAGUGAAAUGAAGACGAUUCGAAUUUCCUCGUGGAAAAGCGUGAAUUUCCAUCUGCUAUGUCGCCACGGUUUUACCAUAGGUGUAAACGCCUCUUUUCAAUGUUUCUUCUCAACAAAAUAAUUGUUUUUUAUUUAUAUAUCAUUCAGUCAAUUUUUUUUCCCAGUAUUGUUUUCUUGUACUGUAUGUAAAAUAUAACAAAUUUUUUCGCGAUUCGUAAAUUCGACAGAGGCCCUUGUUUGUUUUGUAUCGAAUUUUGGCGCAAUCGAGAACUCGUUAGAAACAAAAAUAAUAACAAAAUAAUUGUUUUUCCCUCACUUAUGCAUGAUUAAGUUCCUUUUCUUGUAUCGUAUGUAAAGUAUAAGAAAUUAAUCGCGAUUCGUAAAUUCGACAGAGGGCCUUGUUUAAUUUGUAUGGAAUUUUAGCGUGUUCCGGUACUCGUUAAAUUGUUUACACCGAUAGUAAACCAGGAUUAACGAAUAGUUAGAGGGAAAAAUGCGAAGUAUAUCUUCAUCGGAAUAUGUAGAAUAACUUAUCUAGAUACAUUUUUACCACGUCAAGGUAUCUGCGUAAAGGUACAUCCUUUUGUCUACGUGUCUUGUAUCUGUACCUAGAUAUUUAAAAAGUGUACCCUCCCGGUUUGUCAGAACAAUUUCCGAAACAAUGCCCGCGCGAUUGCUGUGCAAUUGUCAUUUCAAUUAGCAAGUUGUGGACAAUUUGCAAAAGGUUGUCCUAUUUUACUUGGGCAAAUGGUACGAGGAGGCGUCGACAAGUCUGAACAUAUAAAUAUAAAUAUAAAUAUAUCAAAUAUGAUAUAUAUAUAUACCGCGGAUUUUGAAAAUCGAAGACGUUGCGGAGGUAUUUUCAUUUUAUUUAUGAAAAUUCCCGUUUAUACCCGAGGAUCAUCUUUGGAACGGUCGAUAGACUUUUGGAAGACACUGUGAAUGCUAAAUCAGAAUCUGUAAAAACUGUAUGAUAUCUGUACAAAAUUAAUAGAGGUGAUAUAUA